AGAAGGGAUGGUACUAUGCAGUGGAAAACCUUCCUAAAGAUGACUUUUAAUUCUACUAGUAAUACAUUUUUCUUUCUAUUUGCAGAUGGGGAAAAAAAGAGGCUCCUCUCAAUGUAGUGGACGUGAAGAGCUUACAGACUAUGAAAAGGAAAGGUUAAAGAGGUUGGAAAUGAAUGAACAAAAAUUGCGUGCAGUAGGGUUAACAAGUCUAGCAAAUAAGGCGAUCUUCCAAACGAAAGAUAAAGACCAGUUUACCAAUGAUAUUGACCUAGAAGACGCAGAUUACACACCGAGUGGUGAUGAGAAUGAUGAAUCAAAUCAUCCAAAGGUAUCAAUGAAGGGAAAAGGUCAACGUAAGAAGGUAGAGGCUGCUAGAAGUUCUGGGACAUCAACUGAUCAAACUUUGGUUAAGGUUAGUUCUAAAAAGGAAGCUGCAAGGGUUCUCAAGGGUUAGGGCACACGUUGCAGGAAGAAGCCUAUUUCUGAUCCAAAGGCACAAAAAUUGCUCCAGGAUCCAUGGCCUUGUACUUUGAAAUGAGGAAAAGGCAAGAGUUUUUGAAGAAGAAAAAGAAUGAAGCACCUUUUCUAGUAGCUGAAGAUUCUUCCAGUGAGAAUGAGCUUGAAAAUGCUAAUCAGAACAACUCCAUGAGCGAUGAAGAGGAAGUAAGCAAAUCAUCACCAGUGAGGGAAGUUGAUAUUCUCGGAGAACAUGACGAUGAUGUAAACUCUUUUGAUACUUCAGCGGGUAUGGAACAUGAGGUGGCUGCUGAAAAAGAUAUUGCUGCAAGUGCUAAGGCUUCAUCAAAAGUUGCUGGAGAAAAGAAGCAUAGAGGCCCAACAGAUAUGGCAGCAGUGCAUAAUCGUAAGUUUGAUGAACGGCCAAUAAUUAUUCUGAACGAAGAAGGGCAACCAAUUGGCCCUACUCCCGCAGUUGUUAGUGAAUUCAGUCGGUUCCUAGGCACCAUGGCUAGAGAUUCAAAACUUGCACCUUUGAAUUAUGUCACUUGGUAUAAGGUUCCAAAAGCUAAAU